GACAUUAGACUGAGUCACACAGAGACUCCAGCUCUGCAGCGAACAGACACAAACCUACAACUGAGAUAACAGCAGACUUACAACAGUAGAAGAUACAACAGUAGAAGAUACAACAGUAGAAGAUACAACAGUAGAAGAUACAACAGUAGAAGAUACAACAGUAGAAGAUACAACAGUAGAAGAUACAACAGUAGAAGAUACAACAGUAGAAGAGACAACAGUAGAAGUUAAAAGAGUAGAUGUUUUUUGGGGGACCACAAGCGUAUCAAGAUGUACAAGGGAAUCUAUGAAUACACAAAUGGAUUUGAAGACGAAGAACCUAAUGAAAUAAAGACCAUUGACAUUGAUGAUCAUAUUUACAACAACAAAAGGCCCAUCAUGCCCCGCAAGAAGGAUGGAGCUGGUGAUCAACAUUCAGUGUAUCUUUGGAGGUGGAAGAGACAUUUCCCAACUGCUGCAGUGUGUCUGGGGCUGCUGUGUGUUCUCCUACUGGCUUGGAUCAUAGGCCUGUUACUCUACCAGAGAAACCAAUUGACCAGUUCCGACACCCUGACCAAAGAGAGAGACCAGCUACAGACCAGUUACAACACCCUGACCAAAGAGAAAGACCAGCUACAGACCAAUUUCAACACCCUGACCAAAGAGAGAGACCAUCUACAGACCAGUUCCAACACCCUGACCAAAGAGAGAGACCAGCUGCAGACCAGUUCCAACACCCUGACCAAAGAGAAAGACCAGAUACAGACCAGCUACAACAUCCUGACCAAAGAGAGAGAUCAGCUACAGACCAACUACAACACCCUGACCAAAGAGAGAGACCAGCUACAGACCAGCUACAACACCCUGACCAAACAGAGAGACCAGCUACAGACCAGCUACAACUCCCUGACCAAAGAGAGAGACCAGCUCCAGACCAGUAACAACACCCUUACUGCAGAAAGAGACCAGCUGCAGACCGAAUAUAACACCCUGACCAAACAGAGAGACCAGCUACAGAUCAGCUGCAACACCCUGACUGCAGAGAGAGACCAGAUACAGACUAACAACAACAGCCUGACCAAAGAGAGAGACCAGCUACAGACCAGUAACAACACCCUGACUGCAGAAAGAGACCAGCUACAGACCAGCAACAACACCCUGACUGAAGAAAGAGACCAGCUACAAAAAGAGACAGAAUGUCUGAAACAAUCUUUAGUUCAGAAAGUGUGUCCGGACGGAUGGAAGAAGCUUGGUAGCAGUUGUUAUUACGUCUCUACUGAGACAAAAUCCUGGGAGGAGAGCAGACAGGACUGCAGAAAUAGAGGAGCAGACCUGGUGGUCAUCAAGAGCAAAGACGAUCAGACAUUUGUCAAUUGGUUAUGCGGGGUAAAGAAUUAUGUCUGGAUUGGUCUGACUGACUCUGUUUCUGAGGGGACCUGGAAAUGGGUGGACGACACACCACUGACCACAAAGUAUUGGAACAGUAAAGAUCCUAAUGGUGGUGGAGCAGAGAACUGUGUGUAUUUCUACUCCUGGUCAUCAGACACAGGAGAAUGGUGGGACUAUGACUGUUCCUAUAAAUACAGAUGGAUCUGUGAGAAAUAGGAUUCUUCUGGGUUCUCUGUCUGAACUGGUAAAUUGGAUUCUCCUUGGUCGUCUCUCUGAACUGCUAACUAGGAUUCUCCUUGGUCGUCUCUCUGAACUGCUAACUAGGAUUCUCCUUGGUCGUCUCUCUGAACUGCUAACUAGGAUUCUCCUUGGUCGUCUCUCUGAACUGCUAACUAGGAUUCUCCUUGGUCGUCUCUCUGAACUGCUAACUAGGAUUCUCCUUGGUCGUCUCUCUGAACUGCUAACUAGGAUUCUCCUUGGUCGUCUCUCUGAACUGCUAACUAGGAUUCUCCUUGGUCGUCUCUCUGAACUGCUAACUAGGAUUCUCCUUGGUCGUCUCUCUGAACUGCUAAAUAUGAUUCUCCUUGGUAGUCUCUCUGUACUGCUAACUAAGGAUCUCAUUGGUCGUCUCUCUGAACUGCUAAAUAUGAUUCUCCUUGGUAGUCUCUCUGUACUGCUAACUAGGAUUCUCCUUGGUUGUCUCUCUGAACUGCUAAAUAUGAUUAUCCUUGGUCGUCUCUCUGUACUGCUAACUAGGAUUCUCCUUGGUCGUCUGUCUUCGGGGCAAACAGAGGACAACUCACUGGCACCAAUGUUUUCUAUAGCAAAAAACUCCCAUCAGGAUGUGUAACCAACAGUUUGGCUCUAGUAACAGAGGUGGAUGGUGGGGGAGGCGGUUCUUCGUUGCUACCGCAUCGGGGACCCGCUCAACUGAUUCCCCUGGGGGGGGAAGAAGGGGCUUCUAACCUAGGGGCACGUCCCCAGUGGCAGACAGGGGGCCAGCCAACAAAUCACACUGUGUCCUGGCCUGUAUCCUCUCGGACGGAGCACAGACCCCUCCCCCGUGCCAAAGCUCUCCCCUCAGCACUUUUCACAAGAAACUGUGACAGGAAGACCUACUUCCUGUCGUCACCAAGCACCGUCUCCAAAUCCCAUUGUACUGGCCGUUUGUCAUACAAGGUCUUUGUCACAUCCAGGCGUCAUGCCGAGGGCACAGAGCAAAAAUAUGAUGAAAGGGGCAGAUAUGUUACAUGGUAGAUUCAGUAUGUUACAUAGUAGAUACAGUAUGUUACAUGGUAGAUACAGUAUGUUACAUGGUAGAUACAGUAUUUUACAUGGUAGAUACAGUAUGUUACAUGGUAGAUACAGUAUGUUACAUGGUAGAUAUAGUAUGUUACAUGGUAGAUACAGUAUGUUACAUGGUAGAUACAGUAUGUUACAUGGUAGAUACAGUAUGUUACAUGGUAGAUACAGUAUGUUACAUGGUAGAUACAGUAUGUUACAUGGUAGAUACAGUAUGUUACAUAGUAGAUACAGUAUGUUACAAGGUAGAUACAGUAUGUUACAUGGUAGAUACAGUAUGUUACAUGGUAGAUACAGUAUGUUACAUGGUAGAUACAGUAUGUUACAUAGUAGAUACAGUAUGUUACAUGGUAGAUACAGUAUGUUACGAUACAGUAUGUUACAAUACAGUAUGUUACAUGUUAGAUACAGUAUGUUACAUGGUAGAUACAGUAUGUUACAUGGUAGAUACAGUAUGUUACAUGGUAGAUACAGUAUGUUACAUGGUAAAUACAGUAUGUUACAUGGUAAAUACAGUAUGUUACAUGUUAGAUACAGUAUGUUACAUGUUAGAUACAGUAUGUUACAUGGUAGAUACAGUAUGUUACAUGGUAGAUACAGUUUGCUUGCUCCUUUAGCUUCUAUCCAAUAACAAACUACUUCCUGCUUAUUCCGUUUACCUUGUCAAACACAUGAUAUAACCAAGAUAAUGAAAAUAAAACAAAAUAUAUACAAUAAAAAUACAAUUAAGUGA